ACGCCAUUUCAUAGAACGUAGAUAGAUAGAUAGAUAGAUAGAGAGAGAGAGAGAGAGAGAGAGAUGAACAGCUAGCUGCUGAAAGAGAGAUUCCAGGGCUAGUGUGAUAGCAAUAUAUACCUUCUUUUUUUUGACGUGGACGCUCUCCACGCCGCUUUUGCCGGUCCAUUGGCUGCAUAUCUAGGAAGCCGUUUUUUGGUGCUGAGGUUCAUAUAACCGUUUCGCGCCCAUGAGCAUCGACAGCGAACAGCGCGGCGUAAGUGCGGCAGCGACGGCUGCCGCUGAGUGCGAGGCCAAGCGAGCCGAGGUGCAGCGUCUGCGAGGACAUCUGGACAAGCUCAGGGCCGGGGAAGACGACGAAGACGCGCUGCUGCUGGCACUCGCUCAACCCGUGAGCACCACCGACCCGCUUUCGUGUCUCUGCUGCUGCAAGUUCAAGCGACUUGGUCAUAGCUACAUUCUGCAUGAACGCCGUGUGGGGUCUGCUGAUGGCACGAAGACCAAACUCGUCAUUGUAGGUCCGCAUUGGAUCGGAGUGUUGGUCACUGUGGGAAUCAUUCUGGUGUCUACAGCCAUGUUCCUCUCUCAGCACGUGGAGACCAUGGCGUGGUAUAACACGUUGAUCACGCUUGGACUUUGCAGCGUGACGCUCUACUAUCUGUUCCAGACAACAUGCACAGACCCAGGUAUUAUCCGUCCACCGCGACAGAAGGAUGUCUCGCAGACUGAAGACGAGAGUGAAGGCAUGGAGCUGGAAGCUGGACAAGCUCCAGUAGUUGAGGGAGCAAUGCUGCCUGCUGAGGCUUUUGGCCCUCGUCGCCCGUCACGACGUCGGUAUUGCGAUAUCUGCGGCAUCGAGCAGGACCGCUCAACGGACCAUUGUGAAGACUGUGGAGUGUGUAUCGCUGGCUAUGACCAUCACUGUCCGUGGAUGGGCAAAUGUAUCGGCCGAGACAACAUGCACGCCUUCAAGAUGUUCAACGUGGCGUGGGUCGUGUACGUUUGCUUUGUGCUGUUCAUCGCCAUCUUGAGCGUCGACUGGGGUCAUACUGCUGUACAAACACUGAAACGCACAGCAUCAGGCGAGUGGGUGCCUACGCGGAGUCCAUAGAGUGACUAGAGCAUUGAAUGCUUGCAAAUAUAUUACUUCUUUGGUUAGUUAACCGCGCCGUUGGCAGCUU